UCUAGAGAUGGACUUGAUCAGUGGGACCUUCGAAGGCAAUGCACUCACAUCUUGUUUUUUCCGCAAACCAGGAUUUCCCAUUCCCAAACCUUAUCUGGAUAGAGAAGAAGGCUGCGAGGAAGCCGAAGAUGCCCCAGGACACCCAGGCAGAGCAGGAGCUGAGGAUGGAGACCAGGGAGGGCAAAUCCCCAUGGCAGAACAUCGUGGCAGAGGCCACUUUGAGUGGCUACAGGGCACAGGAGUGCAAUGGGGAGGAAAAGCCCUGGAGAUCCCACAGGAGGAGGGGCUGCAAACCCAGCCCAGGAUGCUCUGAGGAGGAAAGACCCAGUCUGUGCCAGGAAGGCAGGCGGAGCUCUGGCCAGAGCUCUGAGGUGGUGGUCUAUGAGCAGCUUGAUGAUGGCAAGAAGCCCCACCAGUACUUGGAAUGUGGGAAGAGUUUCCCCACGAGCUACCACCUGAUCAUCCACCAGAGGAUGCAUACCAGGGAACGGCCCCAUGAGUGUGGGGAAUGUGGGAAGAGCUUCAGGUUCAGCUCCCACCUGAUCAUCCACCAGAGGAUCCACACCAAUGAACGGUCCUAUCAAUGUGGAGAAUGUGGGAAAGGCUUCAGGAGGAGCUCCAGCCUGAAACUCUGUGGGAUCUCAGCACCUCAGGACUGAGGUGCAGAGUGACCGAGACCACCCUUGGGGGGCUCGGGAGUCCUGGAAUGUUGCCAGAAGUGUCUGGUGGCUGGACUUUGAUCCUGCACAGGAGACGACACCUGUAUGAGGAUAGGAGGAUUUCACUGGGGUGAAUGGUGAAGGGAUAAGUUAGUUAGAGUGAAACACAGGGUUUAAGAUUUCUGUACAGGGGGCUCUAAAGAAGUAAGAUGGAGGAAUUGGGGCAUGUCCUGUUCUUCUUCUUCUUCUUCUUCUUGGCCUCCAUCUUCUGUGGUGAUGUUGGCACUUUGGGAUUGGUUAUUACUAAAAGUGCACUGGUUAAUAAGGGUAAAAGGUAUUGGGGAAAAAUGAUAAAUAUUGUAUACGUAAUUUUGAGUAUAAAGAUAGGUGACCGCCCCGGGGGCUCUCAGUGUGCUCAUGGCUGGCUGCUGUGCAGACCUCUGUCGGGCCAAGAGAAAAUCUUUUAGAUAAACAAUUAAUAA